AUGAAGUUUGCUCAAAUUAUUCUGGCUGCCAGCGCCGCAACCAUGGCCUGCGCAUACCCCACCAAGCAGAGCGCUGAUGUCCAGAAGCGUGCCAAUGGAUUUACUUGGUUCGGCGUGAGCGAGUCCGGUGCCGAAUUCGGUAAUAACAUUCCCGGUACUCUGGGAAGUGAUUACGCCUGGCCCGAUACUUCCCAGGUUAAGAUCUUGAGAGAUCAGGGCAUGAAUGUCUUCCGUGUGCCCUUCUUGAUGGAGCGUAUGAUGCCUACUAGCCUUACCGGCCCCCUGGAUGCCACUUACCUGGCCGGCCUUACCUCUACUGUCAAGUUCAUUACCGAUAGCGGUGCAUACGCCGUUAUCGACCCCCACAAUUACGGAAGAUACCAUGGCAAUAUCAUCACCUCAACUUCCGAUUUCGGGGCCUUCUGGAAGGCCCUUGCUACCAAGUUCGCCUCUAACGAUAAGGUUAUCUUCGACACUAACAACGAGUACCACGACAUCGACCAGACCAUCGUCCUAAAAAUGAACCAGGCCGCUAUUAAUGCUAUCCGUGCCGCUGGCGCUACUAGCCAGUAUAUCUUCGUCGAAGGUAACGGCUAUACUGGCGCCUGGUCCUGGACCACUAACAACGACAACCUGAAGGCCCUUACCGACUCCGAGGAUAAGAUCGUCUACGAGAUGCACCAGUACCUUGAUAGCGACAGCUCCGGCACCUCCGAGUCCUGCGUCAGUGCCACUAUCGGUAAGGAGCGUCUCCAGUCUGCCACCACCUGGUUGCGGGACAACAAGAAGAAGGGUUUCCUCGGCGAGUUCGCCGGUGGUGUCAAUGCCAACUGCGAGGCCGCCGUCAAAGGCAUGCUCUCCUACAUGUCCGAGAACACUGACGUCUGGACGGGCGCCGAGUGGUGGGCUGCCGGACCCAAGUGGGGAUCUUACAUGUUCAGCGUGGAGCCUAGCACCGGCCCUGCUUACUCUACCUACCUUCCUAUCCUCAAGAAGUACUUCGUCUCUUCUUAA